CAUUCUCUCCCAACCACACUCUCCCGCAACGGCCAAAUCGACGCUAGCUAUGCUAACCAGCUCCUCCUCCAACUCCAAUUCGCUCACCCUCUCCUAUUCUCUCUCUUCGCCACGCUCUCAUCCCAGGAAGGAACUCGACGGGGAGGAUUCAGGCCAGGAUCGGUUCUUGCGCUCUUUGUCACUACAACUGCAAGCCAUGAGAUAUAUCUUCAGUUUUGUGUUACACCUAUGCUGUGGGAUGGACGAAGCUCCGGCACCUCUCGGUUCAUCCGCCUCUCACCAAGAAUCAGAGGGAGAUCAAUGCCAACUGCAAGCUGAUCGGAGCCAUGCAUCAGCCUCCAAUGACAGCAGCAGCAAAGCGUCGGAUCAGAUGGCCAACCGCUCCGUUCAGACGCGCAUCGACACCACGGCGCCCAUCGAUUCCGUCAAGGGCGCCGCCAACAAGUUUGGAGGAAGUCUUGAUUUGAGAGAAAGGCGCAAGCAAGCGCAGGAUGAGCUUGACAAGGUGCAGGAAAAGGUGAGCGAGUGCCUGAAGAGAUCACAAGAAGCGGAAGCCGGGAGGGCACAGGCGGUGAAGGAGCUAGGCGGCGCCAAUGGCGUGAUCGAUGAGCUGACGCUAGGCUUGGAGAAGGCGCAGGCCGAGGAGGCGCGAGCGCGCCAGGACGCGGAGAUCGCCGAGCUGCGCCUCCGGGAGACGCAGCAGGGCGUCAGCGAGAGCACCGCGGCGAAGGCGGAGCUCGCCGUCGCCAGGGACCGCCACGCCAACGCGGUCGCCGACUUGCAGUCGGUGACGGCGGAGCUGGAGAUCCUGCGGAUGGAGCAGCCGGUCGCUGCCGCCAAGGCGGACGCCGCUGCGGCGAGAGCGCGGAGGAUGGUCUCCUCGUCGCAGGAGGCCGUCAAGGUCGUCGAGGAGCUCACCGCCGAGCUCGUCGCGCUGAAGAAGGAGCUGGACGCUUCGCACCACGCGCAUGACGAAGCGGAGGAGAAGAGGAUGAGAUUGGCUCAGGUGUUGGAGCAGGACAAGGAUCAAUGGCAGCUGGUGCUGGAGGUAUCCGAGCAGGAGGUGAAGAAGCUGAGGAACUCGCUAAUCGCGGCGGCUGAUCUCGAGUACAAGGUGGAGGCGGCUUCCGAACAGCUGGCGGCCCUAAGAGCCGAGCUGUUCGCCCACGCCGUCGAAGGAACAAUCGGCGAAGAGGCAGCGGCGGCGACGGCGAGCUUCUGGGCGAAGCUGGACAAGACCAAGAAGGAGCUCGAGGACGUGAAGGCGACCGUGGAUAAGGCCAAGGACGAGGCCAAGUGCCUGCGCGUCGCCGCCGCGUCGCUGAGCGCUGACCUGGAGAAGCAGAAGGCGGAGCUCGCCGCUCUGCGGCGGAGAGAUGGAGUCUCGGCGACGUCCAUCCCGUCCCUCGAGGAGGAGCUGAGCCGGUUAACCGCGGCGCUCACGGCGGCGCAGGAGGCGAGAGCAAAGGAGCGCAGCGUGGAGACCAAGUUGGGUGCACUGCUCGAGGAGGCGCGGCGAGAGGCGGCGCAGGCCAAGGCGAAUGCCCAGUCGGCGCAGGAGGAGGUCAGCAAGGCCAGGCAGGAGGCCAUCCUUGCCAAGGCCGCCGUCGACGCCAUGGAGGCGCGCCUGGAAGCGGCGAAGCGGGAGACACUCGCCGCAACGACGUCGGCGGAGAUGGCCGCUGCCUCGGCGGCCGCGCUGCAGCAGGAAGAUGAAAACGCAAGGAGGCGGCGGGAAACGGGCGUGGGAGAAGGCAGCGUGACAUUGACGAUGGAAGAGUACGACGAGCUGAGCCGGCGAGCACGGGAGACGGAGGAGAUCGCCGGGAAGCGGGUGACGGAGGCGGUGAAGCUGAUCAAGGAAGCCAAGGACGCGGAGGUGCGGAGCCUGGAGAAGAUGGCGCAGCUGGCGAAGCAGGUCGAGCAGAGGAGGCAGGCGCUCGAGGCGGCGACCAUGGAGGUCGAGGAAGCGGAGUUCAGUAAGCUGGCGGCGGAGCGGGAGCUCAGGCAAUGGCGCGCCGAGCACGAGCACCAGCGGCGGUUGACCGGCGAGGGCAUGGCGUCGCCGCGCACGGGGCUCGCGGAGAUCUCCGUGUUCGACGGCGGCGAGGGGCGCGGGAACCCGCACAUACUGAGCCCGAGAGGAGGGUAUAUGCCGAGGACUGAGAUGGCGGCGGCGGAGGUGGAGGCGGGCGCGAAGCAGAGGCCUACCUUCUUCCCGCGCAUGGUGAUGUUUCUGGCGCGCAAGAGAGCUCAGAACUGGAAGUGAGAUCUUCCUCUCUUCCGCAUUUUGAAUUUGUGUUUGUACAACUACAUGGUAUAUACGUGCCCAGAUCAGAUGAUGAAACUUAACUUGUGUAACAUCUAUCGAUCAAAGAGAUAUAGCUCAUGAAAUUUUUUGCUCGGAAUUUUUCUGGUUGUUGCCUACAAACAAAUGAUAUUCAGGUAAAAUAGUGAGAUUGACAACAAGUUCUGGUUUA